AUGCCGCAGUCACCAAAGAUCACGUCGGUAGACGCGCUUCCGGCCAAUGAAGCCAAGUGGAUUGAAUUCCAAAAGAUCUCCUGGUCCGACCAAACAGGCAAACCCCGCGUAUGGGAAGCCGCCUCGCGCAAAACCCGCGGCAAAUCCGGCGUUGACGCCGUCGCCAUCAGCACAGUAAUCCGACACCCCAAUCGCCCGCCCUCCACAAUUAUCAUCCUGCAAUACCGCCCGCCAGUAGACGCAGUCUGCGUUGAGUUCCCUGCGGGCCUAAUCGACGAGAAGGAGACGCCUAAGGAGGCGAGCUUGCGCGAGCUACAUGAAGAGACGGGCUACAGGGGCGAGGUGAUCAACCUCAGCCCAACAAUCGUGAGCGACCCAGGCAUGAGCACAGCGAACAUGCAGUUAGCGACAGUAGAGGUGCAGCUCAAAGAGAUCGAUAAGGAGCCGGAACAGGCGCUAGAUGACGGAGAGUUCAUUGAACGCGUAGUGGUGCCGUUAGAGGAGCUAUAUGAUCGAUUGAUCCGGUACGAUAAGGAGGGCAAGAGGGUGGAUGCCCGGCUGUGGCAUUGGGCAGAGGGAUUGCACUUUGCGAAGACCAUGAUGUGA